AUGAAUGUCGCAUACAACACAGUUCUGCGGCAGAGCAAGGCCAUCCGCAGUGACCUCUCCAACCUCGAGUCCAAGAGCCUACCAACGCCCGCCGAGAUUGGAAGCGUGUCCGUGUCCUUGACGUCCUUUUCAAAGUCGCUCGACGAAUAUCACAGCCUUGCGCGCCAGGAGAUUGUGCCCAAGAAGCAGGAAGAAGCAUAUGAGCGUGUCAAGAGGUUUCGCGAUGAGCUGUCAGAGUUCCGUGGCAGCCUCGAUGUGGUGAAGCGAACUAGGGAGGAGGCGCAACACAAUCAUAACCGGUCGGAGCUGCUCGGAAGAAGACCAUAUAAUGCUACGCCGGAGAAUCCUUACGCCAAUGCCGCCGGAACGACGACGCAUUCAUCAUUCCAGCCCCGGCAUACAAGCUCGAAUAGUACUUCGCUGACGACCGGCGCUGGCGACGAGGUGCGCGAAGCUCAUGCUUUCCGAGAACAAAACUUCUUUAGCAAUACGAACCAUGCCUUGGACGACUUCAUCGCGCGUGGACAAGCCGUGCUGGGAGAUUUGGGCCAGCAGCGCGAAACGCUGAAAAACACGCAGAAGCGCCUGUACGGCGUUGCCAAUACAUUGGGUGUGAGCGGCGACACUAUCCGCAUGGUCGAGCGCCGUGCCCGCGAGGACAAGUGGAUAUUUGUCGCGGGAGUCAUUAUCUUCUUCUUGUUUUGUUGGCUUGUUAUUCACUUUUUACGAUGA